AUGCCCACCGCAACAACACGACAGGCCGUCUCGAGAAUAGGCCAGAUGGGCCGUUCGAUGUCCCAGCCGCCACCUGCGAGCCGCUCGUCGACGACUGGCGGCUUUUCCUCGCACCGACGGCAUCAGUCCUCCUCACCUGCACCGUCGUCGAGAGUGACCCUCCACAUAAAAGAAGUGAAGAUCCCUCCCGUAUUCGAUAUCUUCGAUGCACCAGUACACCUACAGCGCGAACGCACCGUUUCCCCUGCACGGCGGCAGCCCCUACCACGCACACCUCCAUUCGCCGCCAUGCCCACCUCUCCGUUGAGCGAGCCACGGCCACGCCCCCGCGCUGCGUCUCCCCUCCCCAAACACAUCGUCGUCGAGGUUUUCGACGGUCCAUCAUGUCGGCCACCUUCCUCUGUGCUCAUGGAUUCAAGGGAAGGUCUAAGACAAGGCCGUAGCCCUGCUGUGACUCGACUCUCGCAUACCUCCUCUCAAUCUACUUCACCCUCAUCACCGGAUCAUAAUAAAGUCGGGAAUACGGCGGCCCAACCACAACUCUUCAUCUUCGAUGGCCCUUCACGGCCGCACAAACAUCGCAAACCCACCAAUGACCCGCCGAAAGUCCGCGCCCUCAUCGCUGGCACUCUAGCUGUUGGCGCCGUCGCCAGUGCUGGGUUGGUCAUCUCCACCCAAUGA